AUGACGCCCGCGCAGAUAGUCGCCAGGUUCAAGGACGAGGCCAACUUCCCGUGGUACGUGUUCCCCCAGCAGCUGCGCACGCGACGCUUUGAGGAGUUGUGGCAGCUGGCGCACCGUACGCAGAACCGGGCCGCGCUGUCAGCCGUGAGGCUGCUGACGGAUGCCGCGCACGACCGCGGCAGGGCCAGCGCCUCCGCGCGAGGCCAGCCGGGCGCCGCUGGGGUCCAGGUGGCCUCGGGGGACGCGCCGGGCCCCGCGGCCGCGCCCGCGCCGCACCUCUCCUCUCGCUCCGCGAAGAGGGCCAUGCGCAGCGGCCUCGAGCCCGGCUCCGCGCACGGGAAGGGCCCCCGCGCGGCGGGCGCCGGCCUGCGCGGCGCAGCCGCCAGCGACAGCGCCAGCGCCAGCGACAGCGCUAGAGCGCCAGCGCGCGGCGAAUCCGCCGCCGCCAGCGCCACAGGCGCCGCCGGCGCUGCGUCAGCGCGUUGCGACGACGCUGCUGCCAGCGCCGAGGCCGCGGGCUGCCGCGCGUCGGAGUCCGCUGGGGCGCUGCCGGCAGUGUCCGUGGCCACGCCGAGGGGGCGGCCGCCCCCAGGCAAGGCGCCGCCGCCCGCCAAGGCGAAGCCAGCCGGCCCUCCGCCGCCGCGGCCGCAGGCGAGGUUCGCCCGGCCGGGGCCUGGAGGCGCGCUGGCCUCCCCGAGGGACGGCCCGGAGGAGGUGUCCGGCCCCAAACUGAGGGCGCUCCACUGGCAGUCCAUCGGGAACAUUGACGAGGGCAGUUUCUGGCACAACCCCCCAGCGGCGGCGGCCACGUGGAACAGGGAGGAGCUCGAGCGCAUAUUCGGCGAGAGGAAGCCGCAGGCCGGGAACGCGUCGGGCGCCUCGCCGAGGGACGGCGGAGCAGGCGCGCCGCCGGAGCAGGCGAAGAAAAAGCUGACGCAGGUGCUCGACAACAAGACCUCGCAGAAUCUGGCCAUCCAGUUCGGGCAGCUGCCCCCGCCCGAGCGGCUCGCGGCCAUCAUCGCUGGCCUGGACCGGUUCCCCGAGUGCCUGCCGUCGCAGGGCGUGCUCUCGUUGAACGCCGCCGUGAGCGAGCAGGAGCAGUACAUCCAGCAGAUCCGUGAGCUGAAGGUGGCGGAGGCGGGCCUUUCGAAGCUAGACUUGCCCGAGCGCUACCUCUGGGUGCUCGGCUCCGUGCCGCUGUGCUCGGCGAAGCUGGCGUGUGGCGCGCUCAUCGUCAGGGAGGCACGGGAGAUCGAGGACUUGCGGAGGGCCGGGGAGAAGGUUUCGACCUUCUGCCAGCUGCCCCGCCCGCGGUCGGCGCGUCGCGGCGCCCGGUCGGGGCCCCGUCGUGGCCGCAGUUCGUCCAGUAGCUGCAUCACCACGAGCCUGGCAAUAGGGAACUUCAUGAACCGGGGGACGAACCGCGGGAACGCCUCGGGCAUUUGGGUGCCCGAGUCGCUUCUGAGACUGGACGACUGCCGGGGCAAUCGGGACGCCGCGGAGCCGCACGAGGACCGCAGCGCGUCCCUGCUGGAUUUCGUGGCGAAAACCAUCGCCUUCAACCCGGCCUCGCCGGGCGCCCCAGCGCUCGGGGAGGAGGCGAAGCUGCUGCUGCAGCGCGCCAAGGACGCCCAGGGGGUUCCCCUGGAGGAGACCGAGGUCAACGUCAAGAAGGUCUGUUCGCAGGCCCUCAACGCAAAGAAGGUGCUGGAGGACCAGAUGCUCAACGGCCGUCCCAGCGACGCCCCGCAGACGCCCUCGUCCGUUGGCAAGCUCGCGCAGCGGGUUUACAGCAUCUACCAGGAGGCGAGCGCUGCUGCUGGCAUCGUGGCGAGGUCCAAGGAGGA